CGGUACCGUUCUUUUAUCUGGUUCAUGUAAAUGAAAACGAGAUCAUACAGUGUUGUUGCAUACUGUAAUCAGAGGAAGGAAAAGAAGAAAGCGAGGAAAUGGCGUUGAGCUCGAUGACGUGGGCUUACGCACGGAUCAUAGCUGGAACACUUCUCGGUGGGACUCUCGGAUUUUACGUAAUGCACCGCGUCGAAGUUAGCUACAAGAUGAAGAUGGAGGAAGCGUUAAGGCAAUACGAAAAGGACAUGAAGAAGAGACAAGAAGAAGAGAAUCUCGGUCACAUCAGCGGAGAUUCAGCUUAGCUUUGCCUGGGAGUAUGCACUCAAAGUGUUCGACGAAAUGCCCAAACGAGAUUCUUUCUCGUUUUCUCCUUUUUACUCUUUUUCUGUUGCUGUAAUUUUCGGUUUGGUUUGGUUGGGGGUUUGAGAAAGUUUUAUUGGCUUCGGUUUAAAGUAUCUAUACGAACCAUGAUGGACCAGAUAAACAGCGAUACUAUAUGUCCUUGUGUUUUGUAAGGGUUUCAGUGGUUUUUCUUCUAAAGAAUAAA